AAAGUCUAGACCUUGACGACGAAGAUAUUCAGAAAAUCACGGAUCAAAAAGUUGCCGGUCAAGUCUUCCUUCGUUUGACUGAAGAAAAACUUAUGGAAGAUGGCUUAAAAAGAGGACCGGCAGGAGCAAUCGCAGGGUUGAUUGAGACACUUAAGGGCGAAGAGCAAGGGGUGGGCGAAAGUGGCUUGAUGGAGAGGAUAGGGCAGUUGGAAGAGACUCAAAAAGAGACCCUGAAUCUUCUAAAGCGUCAAUUCGACGAUAGUCAGACAUUCGGAUUAUCUUCUAUGAAUACUCAGAAAAGGCUGAAACUUUGUGCGCGUUUCGGUGUGAAACCACAAGUUGAAGUUAUAGCCUUCAACAAUUUUGAAAGGGUUGGCGAUUCGCCUUCUCCAUUUGCGUGGCGCAAGAAUGUCAGCGAAAAUGAUCAUUCUGAAGAAUACAUCGACUACAUACAGAAUACUUUCCUCGGGGCCGAAUUUCUCACCGGUUAUCGAGUGCUAGACGUUCAUAGCAACCCUAAGUUUUGGAAGAAUGGUACAACUGGCGCAGUGGUGAUUCAAUCGGUACCACCAGCACGUAGUCAGAAUGUGGUAAAGCUAGUCUUUGAGCUGAAGAAGAAAGUUGGAGAUGGUGAUGAACACCAAGCCAUUGGCGAAUUGAUCGCGUCAAACGAGAUCUCAUCGAAGAAACCAGUAGUCAUGCUUACAGACUUUUCCUCGACUUUCAACUUCUAUUGGAUUGGUCGCUCUCAAGAUGAAAGCACCACUUCCGUCGUCUGUAUGACCGGUUUUAAUGACAUUCAUCAAGCUUCAACAUUCGCACGCGCUUUGGUGGCUCCCGAUCGAGUGGUAGAACAUAUAGCGCAGGAAAACCGAGAUAACCUACCUCUCGAUGAAAAAAGAGUUGUGAUCACGGAAUUAGUGUACGAUGAAACUGGAGAUGAUAUAGCCAAUCUCGACGAUUUCGUAGAUGAAAUGGAACCCGAGGAGCGUGCUUCAUACGAAAUCACAAAAAAGCUCAAGAGAUUCCGACCAUUCGUACCUCCGACUUUUCGUGAAUGGUACCCUACCAAACCAUUUCCAUUAGCGUGGUACUUGUAA